AUUAUUAAAUUACUAUUAAUAGUCAUUUAUAAAUUUCGAAACACAAACCGGAACGACGAAAACUCAAACAAUUUAAUAUAAUUGUGAAUCCAAUUCAUUUGUUUGAUUAUCAUGUUUAUCUUUAUAUGAUUGAAUGUAAUGAAGAUCAAUGUAAAUUCUAAUGAAAAAUCAAUAGAACUCGAGCCAUUAGUAAUCAAAAACAACACCCAUAUAACCUUGGCAAUAAUAUUUGAUAAUAAAUUCAAGAUUUUUUUCAUUAUUACUUGUGUGUCUUCGUCAUCAUCAUCAUCGGUGUUCUUGCAUGACGUUCUCAAUCGAUUGGGAUCAAUUUGACAAUUUUACCACCAGUUGUCAUAAUGAAAAGGAAGCAGCAGCAUACGAAAGAAAUGGAACCAUUAUUUCCGAUGAAUUUGGCAACGAAACCGAUUAUCGUAACUAAUGGCGAUAAUAUCGUCAUGAACAAAAACAAUAACAAAAUUAAACACAAUAAUGAUAAUCCAUCGGAGAAUGAAACAAAAUUAUCUGAACAAAAUGGAAUUUUUGAUGGCCAUAAGAACGAUAAAUCUAUUAACAAUUCAAUGGCAGAAAAAUUAUCGACUAAUCCACAACUACAGUAUCAAAAUCAUUCAAAAGACGAUGAAAAAAUGAUACAAUCAUUGUCUUCUGCCGAAGCUGCUGUGAUUAAUGAUAAAUUGGAUUCAAUUUCAAGUGCCAAUAGUAGUAACAAUGAUUCUUCACCCCAUCAUCAAAAUCGCCUGCAAACAUCAUCAGCGGCAACGAAUAGUACGACAACGCACACACAUCAGAGUAAGAAAAGUCCAAAGAAAAAUAAACGUCAACUGAACUAUUCACGACCACCGGAUGGCGGUUGGGGAUGGAUGGUUGUUUUUGCUAGCUUUAUCAUCAAUCUAAUCGCUGAUGGUGUAUCUCUAUCAUUCGGUGUCAUCUUUGUCGAAUUGGUAAAUUAUUUUAAUGAAUCAAAAAGCAAGACCGCAUGGAUCGGUUCUCUUUUCUUAUCGAUACCGUUAUUAACUGGUCCUAUCGGAUCAUCUUUGGUCGAUCAAUUCGGUUGUCGCAAAGUUACGAUUGCCGGUGCUCUAUUAGCUUCGGCUGGAUUUUUUAUUGGCCAAUAUUCCACCUGCGUAGAACAUUUAUUUUUUGCAUUCAGUUUAGCUGGAUUUGGUCUGGCACUUUGCUAUGUAACAUCAAUAGUAAGCGUAGCAUAUUGGUUCGAUCGUCGACGAUCACUUGCUACUGGAUUGGCUGUUUGUGGAUCUGGAUUCGGAACGUUCCUGUUUGCUCCACUCAUCAUUUUAUUGCUGAAAGAAUAUGGCUGGCGUGGUACAUUGCUCAUACUUUCCGGAGUCUUCCUCAACAUGGUUUGCUGUGGAUUCUUGAUUCCUGAUGUUAACAUUGAUACUUCAGGCGAUGUCUCCUCUUCUUCCUCAUCAAACAGUGGAGAUACAUCGGACUUGGAUUCAAAUCUUUCAGAUUCUGACGAUAAUUUUGACAUUGACAAUCAAAAUGAUCGUCUCACAUCAAUAACGGGUAAUUUGUCACAAGAGCAACAUCGUUUGUUGCUGAAACAGCAUUCAGUUAUGGCAAGACCCUUAUCGGAAUCUCAUUCAAACGAUGAUUCAUUUCCACGACAUACCAGUUCAUUGAUAAAUAUACCAACAUUUAUCAAAAAUAACGAUAGCCAAGAUUCUUCGAAUAAUAACAAGAAUGAAAUGCAAUCCAAUAAUAUUUAUGGUGAACUAACAUUUCGUCGUGGUGGUUAUCUACAUAAUUUGAUUUGCCACUAUCCUCAUUUAUUAAGCAUGUUUCUUCCAUGGGAUAUGCAAUGUGAUGAUCUGACCGUCAAAACCAAAGUUAAAUUACAAUCAAAUACGACACCAGUUCCUUUGAUUUCAUCAUCCCCAGUUCCACCGAAAGCCACACAGAAAGUUGUUGAAUUUGGUUCUACUCAUCACAUGGAUUCUCAUUCCAAAUUGAAUGGUAUUAUAAAUAGUAAUGGCGAUGUUAUGGAUUCGAAUAAAGCGACAGAUAAUGGGGGAAUAUUGAAAUCAUCAACUAAUUCUAGACAAAACAGUACAAGUCGUUUUGGACAGCUAUUGAAUUUUGCUCGUCAAUCACAGCAUUUUAAUAAUAAUAAUAAUAAUGAUGUCUUAUUCAAUCAACAUCAGCAGCAAACACCACGUAUAAAUCGUUUGCGUCAUUUACGAUUGCCUCGCGGAAGUUUGACAUAUAGAAACGCAAUGUUGGUCAUCAAUAAAUACCGGUUAAAAGCAUCUUCAGCGCCUGACAUCUAUCGAACUAGUAUGGCUACUAUUAAUGAAGAAAAGAGUUUAAAUUUCUAUGAAAAUUUAAAAGAAAUUCUCAUCAAUAUGAUCGAUAUGUCCAUUUUCAAAUCUUUUCGUUAUUCAAUAUUUUGUUUGUCAAAUUUUCUGCUCUAUGUUUGUAUUGAUGUGCCCUACGUUUAUAUACCGGAUCAAGUAAUUACCAGUGGAGCAUCAGAUAAAGAUGGCGCAUCACAAUAUAUUUCGAUUAUCGGUGUUUUCAAUACAUUUGGAGUGGUUUUUGUCGGAUAUAUAGGAGAUAAACCAUGGCUAGAUGCAAGUUUCAUUUAUUCCAUUCUUGUAUCAAUAAGCGGAUUAGUCAUGGCUGCCAUACCGUUGACAACUGAUAGCUAUCUCAUAAGCAUUCAAUCGGCCAUCUAUGGAUUUUGUAUCUCGGCCAAUUACUCAUUAGUUUCAGUUAUUCUUGUUGAAUUGAUCUCGCUGGAUUCAUUCACAACGGCCUAUGGAAUGUUAUUAUUGGUACAGGGAUUUGGUUCAUUGAUUGGUCCACCACUUGCUGGCUGGAUAUUUGACAUAUCUGGAAACUAUGAUAACGCGUUUUACAUAACCGGAAUUACAAUUAUGCUAUCUGGUAUAUUAGUAUUACCAGUGGGUAGAAAGAAAAACUGUUUCCUUUGGAGAAACCAAUCCGACGAUGAAAUCGAAUCAGUACUGAAAGAUAGAAAUGGAUGUCCCUUAUCAAAUGGUGCUUCAUCACCAUCAUGUAAAAUGAAAAAUGAUAACAAACAUUCGAAACCAAGAGCUGAUACGACUAUUGAAGAAGAUUCCGAAAUUUGAAUUUACGAUUGAUCAUCAUAAAUGUGAUAUUUAUAAUUGUAAUACUGCUGAAUAGUAUUCAGUGAAUACCACACAAGUGUUGAUAUUCUAAUCCCUGAUCUGAUAUUCAAACUGUUUAUUAUUAUUAUUAUUAUUUAUAAUCAAACUUUCUCCUUUUUUCUCAUUUAACAAUUAAUCUCUUUUGAUUUGAAUGUUUUUUUUCACAAAAUCUCAUAUCUCAAUUGAUUAUUUAUUUUCUGAUUGUGUGAUUUCGUCUAAUUCUUUUAGAACUUGUAAAAUCAGUUUUGAUUUUUUUAUGUUUUGCAAUACCCAAAUUCCUACUAAGUAUCGAUUCAAAUUUUUUUUUCAACAUAAAAAACCACUGGAUUGAAUAAUGUGAUUUUUUCCACAUUGAAUAACUCUAGUCUUGCACCAGUGCCCAUAUAUACUCUCUCAAGGAAGAUUAAUAUAUUUUCCGAAUUGAA